GCAGCUGCCGGCGGUCGCGGGCCAUGGGGGGGAAGAGCUUCCGCCUCGUCGUCCUGACCCUCGCCGUCCUGCUCCUGGCCGCCGCCACGGAGGGUACGGAGCCGUCGCCGAGCUGCGAGGCGGUCCGGAAAGUUUUUCAGCUGCGGCGGCUCGGCCCGCUCGGCGGCGUCCCGGGGUCCCCGCGGGCAGGAAUCAAUCAAGACUUCUUUUCAUCAGACAUUGGGAGAUCAUGUGUUGAUCUCCAAGUUUGUACUUCUAAAAAUCCAACAUGCUGUACCAAAAAGAUGGAAGAAAGGUAUCAGACUGCAGCAAAGCAAGAUAUACAGCAAGUGCUUCAAACAUCAAGUGCUACAUUAAAAUUUUUAAUAUCUCAUAAUGCAGCUGCUUUUCAAGAAACCUUUGAAAUGCUUAUCAGACUGGCUGAGAAUUACACAAGCACACUUUUCUGCAAUGCGUAUAGAACCAUGGCUGCUGAGGCUACUGUGCACGUGCAGGAGUUUUUCACAGAUGUUGGACUCUUCUUAUUUGGCACAAAUGUCAGCACAGAGGAAUUUGUGAAUAGAUUUUUUGACACCCUGUUUCCCGUAGUCUACAACCAUGUGAUUAACCCUGGUCCAACUGACAUUUCACUGGAAUACGCCGAGUGCCUCCGAGUGGCAAGAAGAGCCAUCAGGCCUUUUGGCCACAUUCCCCAAAAGGCCAUAAGACAAAUGGGAAGAUCACUCUUACCCAGCCGGAUUUUCUUGCAGGCUCUGAAUUUGGGAAUUGAAGUGAUCAAUGCAACAGAUCACCUGCAUUUCUCCAAAGCCUGCAGCAGAGCUUUGCUGAGAAUGCAGUACUGCCCGCACUGCCAGGGGCUGACACUGAGCAAGCCCUGCAUGGGCUACUGCCUCAACACCAUGCGAGGCUGCCUGGCUGACAUAGCAGAAGUUGAUCUCCACUGGCAGGGGUAUGUCCAGUCCCUGGAGCAGCUCUCAGGUGCCCUGAGCGGAGCACAUGGCAUUGAGCACGUGCUGCUGAACUUCCAUUCCCUUGUUCGUGACGCCCUGGUACAGGCUCGGAUCAACAGGCCAGAUUUAUCGGAGCAGGUGAAUAAGAUAUGUGGUCCUCCUGUAAGGAAGCCUAAACAGUCUCCAGGUUGCUUCUUUGAUCAGAAUAAAGAUAAUCAAGGGUUGAAGAUGUUCUCCAGAGACAGUGAAGAAACAUUUGCCCACAGAAGAAAGGAAUUUAUCAGCCACCUCCGGCUCUACAGAGCCUUUUAUGGCGGCCUGGUGGAUCAUCUGUGCGGGAAUGAGCUGGCAGCUGCCGAUGGACAUCCCUGUUGGAAUGGAGAGGAUGUGAUACGAAGCUAUACGCACCGUGUGGUUGGCAGUGGAAUCAAAGCUCAGUCUGAAAAUCCAGAAGUCCAAGUGAAGGGAACAGAUCCUGUAAUAAGUCAAAUUAUUGACAAGCUGAAACAUGUUAUUCAGCAGUUGCAAGGCAAAUCAUUUCCAAAAUGGGAUCUCCAACAAACAGGCAGUGGUGGAGGUGUAGAUGAACAAAUCAGUGGUGAUUGUGAUGAUGAAGAUGGUUGCGGAGGAUGUGGAAGUGGAGAAUUCAAAAGAGUCCUGAAAACAACAGACCCAGGGAUGCCAGACAAGACGAACCUCAGUGACGUAAAGCAAAUCCAUCAAACCAACGAUGGCAACACUUUAGACACGACUGGAGCAGGAUGUACAGCAAUGGCCGAUUAUAUGACAUUUAUGCUGAUUAGUUUGGUAAUACUGUUUCUCAGUCUUUGGUAACUGCUUAUUUCUGGCUUGAUAUAUGUAUCUCAUUGUCAUCUAUUCAUCCCCGCUCACAAGCCUGGAAUAAGGGAUCUAGUGAAUACAGCAAUAUUUAUGGUAUCUUGUAUAAGAUCAGCCACUGAUCGUAGCCCUGAAUAUGAACAAAGAGUUUUGUGUAAUAUUUUACCUCUGUUUUUUUUAAAACACCCAUAUAGUAAAAAAAAGUCAUGUUUUCUUUUUUAAUACUUUAUGUUGAAAAUAAGUUGUCUAUGAUAAUCUUUCUCUUAAAAGCAAUUUGUGAAAAAUAGAGAGUAUUACCAAGUUUGACCAGGCCCCUGAAGAUCAUCUAGACAUACCCUGUGCUCAUAGCAGACCAAGUUCAGUUUGUAUUUAAAUCUCUCCAAGGAUGGAGACUCGACUGACUCUCUGGGCUAACUAUUCCAGUGCUUGAGCACUCCUAGCAGAUAUUUUUUAGCUAUUGUAUUUUGAUUUGUGCCUCUUGCCCAUUGUGCCCACUGAGUCCUGUCAUGGCACCACAGAUAAGAGUUUGGCUCCAUCUUCUUUGCUCACUUUUUCAUGUAUUUACCCAUUUUCAAAAGAUCCUGCUCUGCAUCUUCUCCAGGCCAAAUAGACUCAGCUGCCUCAGCCACUACUUGUAUAAGAUUUGUUUCUGUACCUUAAAAAUCUUCAUGGCCCUUUGCAGGAAUCCAUUCUCUAUGUGCAUGUCUCUCUUGCCACUGUCCCUGAGAGCCCAGACACUGUAGAUAUGUCUCACGAGUGCAGAACAGAGAGGAAGGAUCACCUUCCAUGACCUGCUGACAUUUUUCCUGAUUCAGCCCAGAAGGUAGUUGGUUGUCUUUGCUGCAAAGGCCCAGCGUGGGCUCUUUUUCAGCUUGUUGUCCAUUAGUAAGACAAGGUCUUUCUCUGCAAAGCUGCUUUUCACCCAGAAGGCGCCAACCUGUACAGGUAUAUGAGGUUAUUCUGCCCCAGGAGGAGGAUUUGGCAUAUCCUUUUCUUGAACUUUCUGAGCUUCCUGUCAAGCCAAUUCUUCAGUCUGUCAGGGUCCCUCUGAAUUCAGAAUUAUUUUUAAUAGUUCAGAAAAGCCUAUAUGUUAUAUACUAUAUAUGUAUGAUUGUUGCCUUUUACUUAGGGAUAACAGCAAGGUUAAGAUUCAGUGUUGGAUUAAGGUAUCAACAUAUAUGUCAAUAUACGGAUAUUUACUUAUGUGCUCCAUAAAACACCAGCAAUGAGUGCCAGUUGUGAUGCUGAAAAAAUCCACCUGGUGUCCACUACUGUUCUGAACGACCCCAGGUCUUUGGGCAAGUGACCAAAGCCCUCUGUCAGAACAGUCAGUGAAGCCCAGCGCAUUUCUCAGCUCAUACAUAGAGAGAGACCCAAAUAAACAGCUCAGUUGCCUGAAAAAAAGGCUGGUGCCACCAAAGUAUUGAAGUAUUCUUGAAGUAUUCAAGACAUCCUCAGGGGACCGGCAUUUUUGAUGCAGGAUUUAUGGGAUAUUCCAGAGGGUUUCUUAAAUGGGAUCCAUGGGGAGUGGCAGCUGGCAGCUAAGUGGGACAUUCUUAACUCAGACAGAUCUAGACAUUUACAUGUGGGCCCAUGAAUCACACACCAAUCCUCCAUCAAUAUUAUUGGUAGCUUAGAUACCUGGUUGGAGUGGUGAUGCAUGAAUGCAAACCUGAAUCAUGACAAUCCCAGCUCAUGUUCUUAUGCUUCAUAAAAUGAGGCCAGCAAAAAUGUCCUGCAGUCCUAAUGGUACAUUAUGUAUUGCUGUUUUAAAAUUUGAUUCUUCUGCCAUGUCUAAUUCCUGUGUCAUUUUAACCAGGAAGUAUUUAAGAAUAUUUUGUCACUAUUUCUCCUGUAGAGUAUUUUACAAGAGGAAAAAUAACAACCUGUACAGUAAGGUAGGUAUUCAUACAAUAACUAGAAUUCCUUCUAGACAAAAGAUGUUACUCUUA